AACUCUUGUAAUGUUCAGUUUGAUCAACCAUAAACUAGCUCCUGAAAGCCUUUUCACCACUAAGAAACCACUUUUCCAAGCCUAUUUCACCAGGCCUUACAGUACUCUGUCCCCGUCCUUGCUGUUUUCACAUUGCUCAAAUACAUGUGGCCCAACCAGGAAACCACAAAGAACCAAAGAGCGUUUAUAAAAGAGCGUUUAACGACUGUUGCAACCACUAUCCUACUGCUUGCAAGUCAGUGCCAACUAUUUGGAUUUGCCUUCUGAAGGCUGUUCUGAGCUGGCUGUGGUUUCAGCCCUCGCCAUGUCCCAACCAGUGACUUGCCAGCCAGUUAGCAAAAUCUCACCUGUCACCCUGUCCUCAGAAGGCAGCUGGAGCACGGGGAGGUACGACUGUUUUUCAGACUGCCCCAUGUGCUGUGUUGGACUUUGCUGCCCACUAAUCCUGAGCUGCUACGUGUCACGCAAACAUGGAGAGCACUUUUUCCUUGGAAUGGUGCCUGGUGGCAUGACAGCAUUACGGACUCACAUGCGGCUCUCCUAUGGCAUUCCGGGCACGGUCUGUAGCGACGCACUGUCGAUGUGUCUCUGUGGCUGGUGCGAGUUGUGCCGCAUGGCUCGUGAAGUGCACACACGCUCUCCGGGUUAAAAGGCAACUGAAGGUACGAAAGGGGGGAGUGACUGAAAGGGGGCACUGUCAUUUGAAGAGGCCUGGCGCUUCCUGUGCAAGGACGGACGUUUCCAAGCGGGACUGGAGGA